CUGCUUCUCAGCUAAGAGCAGCUGGGAGGCUGCGGCACCAGUAACCGCUAUGCGUGUCCUGUGAAUGCAUGCAGAAUAUGAUGGAGAUUGGUGGUCUACCACUCGAACUGUGGCGUCUAAUUCUUGCCUACCUGCCUUUGCGUGACUUGGGCCGCUGUGGAUUGGUCUGCAGGUCCUGGUAUGAUCUGAUCCUCAGCCUUGAUAAUACACGGUGGCGGCAGCUCUGCUUAUGCUGUGUAGAGUGCAGACACCCUAACUGGCCCAUACAGCCAAAUGUGGAGCCCAGGUCAUGGAGGAAUGCUUUUAAACAGCAUUAUGUAGCAUCUAAAACAUGGACUAAAAACGCACAGGACUUGGAAUCCUCCAACUGCCUGUAUUUAUUCCGUAGGAAGAAGGACAGAAGGGUCCUCUGUGUCGGGUAUGGGUGUGAGUAUGAAAACCUAAGGACUGCUGUAGCUUCAGCUAAUAUUUAUGACCGUAUCCUGCUGCAACCAGGCGUGUAUGAAGAACAAAAUGAGAUCAUUCUGAAAGUUCCUGUAGAGAUUAUGGGCCAGGGUAAGCUUGGUGACGUAGCUUUGCUUGUCUGUAUUGACCAGCAGUGCCCAACUUCUCGGCUAUGCAAUUUGGUCUUUAUGCCUGCUUGGUUCUCUCCAGUAAUGUUCAAGACAUCCGUAGGCCAUGUUCAGUUUGACAAUUGCAACUUUGAGAAUGGACAGCUACAGAUCCAUGCUCCAGGAACAUGCCAAAUUAAGUUUUGCACUUUCAACCAGUCCAGCAUACACUUUCACAACGUGGCUCUCUGCGUACUUGAAAACUGUGAAUUUGUCAGCAGCGAAAAUGCUUCUGUGACAGUGGAAGGGUCUCCAACCUCAGAGAAAAACUGGGCCUGUAAACAUCUAUCCGUUUUUGCCAAAUCUAAGAGUGUCUUGUUCAAUGCACCCGAAACCUCACUUUGUAGAACUGACAACAGUACUGACUGUUUGAAUAAUGGCUCCUCUGGUGCCAAUAUCAGAACCUGUGAAAUCCUAGUUAAUGGAGACCAAAGUCAUUUGUUCCCACUUGCAAAAUCGCAAUUACAGGAUGAAAAAGAAAAUGACAUAAGGGGUAAUUUUUACACACGCAAGGAAGGAGGAGCCAUGACUAUUGAUACAGAUUACAGUGAUAGCGAACUGAGCACAGUCAGCGACAAUGAAGAUGAUGAUCAGUCAGUCUACAAACUGUCAUAUCACUCGCAUGGCCUGAGUCACAUACUAGCCAAAUCCAUACAAUCCAAACCACAGACUAAUGGACUCCUUGCUUUGCAGAGGGACCUGGCAUUGAAAAGUUUGCAACAUGAGUUGCAAAGGGACAAGGAAUUACAAACUAUCGUUAGCACGGUUCAAGGAUGUCUUAUACGCAAGUGCCUUUUUAGAGAUGGUAAGGGGGGAGUCUUUAUUUGCUCCCAAGGGCAAGCUAGACUGGAAGGAAGCAUCUUCAGGGACUUGACGUAUGCAGUACGCUGCAUACAAAAUAGCAAGGUCAUUAUGUUGAAGAAUGAUGUAUACCACUGUAAAGCAUCAGGUGUGUUUUUGCGUCUGGCAGCAGGAGGCCUUAUUGCUGACAAUAACAUCCAUUCAAACACUGAAGCAGGGGUGGAUAUCAGGAAAGGAGCCAAUCCUGUAAUACUGUGUAAUAGGAUACACAGUGGCCUCCGCUCAGGCAUUGUUGUCUUGGGCAACGGGAAAGGCAACAUCCGCAGCAAUCAGAUCUAUGGAAAUAAAGAAGCUGGCAUUUAUAUUCUCUACAAUGGGAACCCUGUUGUGAGUGGCAAUCAUAUUUUCCAAGGACUUGCUGCUGGAAUUGCGGUAAAUGAAAAUGGAAGAGGCCAAAUAACAGAAAACGUGAUUCGUGAAAAUCAGUGGGGUGGAGUAGAUAUCAGAAGAGGUGGUGAUCCAGUCCUGAGGAGUAAUCUUAUAUGCUGUGGGUAUUCAGAUGGAGUUGUAGUAGGAGAGCGAGGGAAAGGUCUCAUAGAAGGAAACACCAUUUACGGUAACAAAGGAUGCGGUGUGUGGAUUAUGUCAUCAAGUCUCCCACAUAUCACUGGCAACCAGAUUGGGCACAACAGCAUCUACGGUGUGGCGGUUUUCUGCCGCAAAGAUGAUGCAAGUGACUAUCUUGCCAACCAGGCAGGGAAUGAAAACUUCAAUGAUGAAGGAGAAGCAGCUAACUGGGAAAAUGAUCUGGAAAUUGAAGAUGAUCGCUUUUCCUCAAGAAGGCCAAUAAAUGUUGCACUUAUUGAAUCCAAUAGCAUUAACCACAAUGGAGCUGCUGGACUAUACAUCAAGAGCAAUGAAGCACUUAACAUCAUAGCCAAUGCUAUACAUGCCAACCAAGAUAGCGGAGUGGCAGUGUUUCAGAGUACCCAGCUGGCACGAAUCGGAAACAAUAGCAUCUCAUGCAACAGACUGAGUGGUGUCCAUGUGGAAACCGGAUGCAGGGUGGAGCUACGGGGGAAUGGCAUAUAUGAUAACAAAAGCCAUGGCAUCGUUUCUAAGGGUGACGGGACCAUCAUAGAAAAUGACAUUAUAGGAAACCGUGGCUGCGGGCUUCAGCUCAUACAGACGGCUGACAUGAAGGUUACCAGAAACAGGAUUCAGUCAGUAAAUGAUUAUGGCAUUGCACUUCUUGACCAAGCCAAAGGACUUGUACAGGAAAAUAUUGUUUUUCAAGGAAAAUUGGGAAAAAACAUCUUGCAACAAGUUUCCAGCAAUGAAGACUGUAUUGUACAGAAUAACAAGCUACUGACCUUUAAGAGAAAAUCUGAUGUAACUUGGAAAUUAGAAAAUCCUCCUGCCAGGCCAUACAUUGAAGGAUGUACAAGAGGGGUAUCCAGCACCCAAAGCAGCCAAAGGGUGGCAACAGUGACAACCAGAAUUGCAGCAAGAGUGGAAGGACGCUGUCACAACAAUGGCAGUAUCUUUUGUACAAUUCUGUGAUGAUGUACGCCCAAUCAUUUACAUGAACUAAUGUUUGUUUUGGGAUUCUGAUGUAUGAACACUUUAACAGACCUUAUUGGAAAAAAAAAUAUAACUAAGACAUUGUAAACUAUAAGCCUCACAAAUUCUAACGAUCGACUGAAUAUUGGAGUAUUUAGUACAGCAAAACAUUAAAGCUAACAUGCAAUUUGUUCCUCUGUGAUGGUAUAUUCUGGAACCCUUUUAAUUGUAUAAGUGAAAUUUAAAUUCUAAGAUAUUAUGUAAAAGAAUGCAACAUAUCAAAUAAUCUCUUGUGCAAUAGAAUAGACCUUUUUCUUUGGACCUAUUU